AUGAAGAAGAGUCAUAAUUGGCUCGGCACCUUUGACACCGCCAAGGAGGUGGUGCAUGCAUACGAUGCCACCGUGACUCAGUUCUAUGGGCCCAAAGCCAAAAUCAAUUUCCCCUAUUCCGCUCUUUUUCUCAUUGCUGUCAACCCCAUCAAUGUCGAGUCCUCCACCCCUUAUUUACGCAUAGCAGAUGCAUCCUGCCUAGCGGUGGAUCUCAAGCUUGGACAAGGCAAUUUACACCCCCCUCCCCCUCCCUCUUUCCGACGGUACGGGACCUACACUAACGCGGUGAAGGUGGUGAAGCCGAAGUUUGACCUAGAAACUUCCGAGAACACAAUAGUCAGUGAAGGAUACAAUUUGAACUUCAAAGAAGCCAAUGAAGAUGUUGGUGGAGAUGAAGAAGCCAAAUAUCAUGAGGAUCGACAAGCAGCCAAGGUGGACUAUGAUGUCGACGAUCAGGUGACGUGGAUGAGUAAAAUCGUUAGUCUUGGUUUCGUCUCGUCCUAUAUAAACCGCCAGAGCAAUUCAGGCCUCCUCCUUCCACCUCUUCUCCGUCUGAGCUGCAAAUCCAUCGAUCUAUCACUUCCAUCGGUGUCAAUUAGUUGGUAUUCUUAUGUCUCUGAAUCCAGGAAAUUAGAAUCGCAGCAGCAACAGGAGUUGAUGGAAUCGUCGGGUGCUGAUUGGAGUCCGGAAUCCGAGUUAGAGCUUCAGAAGAUGUUAUUGGAUCUUACAUCUUCUGACGAGUUCAAGAAGAAGAAGAUGAGAAUCACGAAAGAAAUGAUCAAUGAUGUGAUCAGCAAGGCAAACAAGCCGCUCAGUAAAGGCGAGGUCUUGUGGCGCUUGAUGAUGCAGCUCAACCUUGAUGUUGGUAGCGACUGUUCUAGGAAUCUUGAGCAAUCGGGCACUUCUGGUACAUCUCAAAUCGAGUCACAAUUGGACUGGGAAAGUCUCCUGUCUGCAAUCAAUGAGCAAACUGUAGAGCAUUCGAGAGAACCUAGCGUUAUCAGCGAGAGCACUCUACAAAAUGCUUCGUUGGAGUCGCUGCUUCAAAUGAAAUGCAGGCUCGAGAAGGAAGUGCAAGAGUGGAACGAUUGGGGUACGCAAAAGGUGAUGCAGGCGGCCAAGAGGUUGAACAAGGACAGGGACGAGCUUCAAUUACUAAGAAAACAACAAAAGAGGAAUCGUCAAUUAAUGGAAGCGCUUAGAAUGGUGCAUGACGGUGUGAUGGAAGAAAAUAUAGUCCAGGCUAAGGAACUUAAAGAUAAGGCUCGUAAAAUGGAAACGUUGAAUACUCAACUGAGGAUGGAACUGAAAGAUGUAGAAUUGCACGCUGCAGAAGUGGCAGCGAAUAGUGAAAAUGCUUCAAGAAGGAUGGAGGAGUACCUCAAAAAGUUACAAUCAUCUGAAGAAGAAAAGCUCUCGCUUAAAGAUCAACUUGCAGCUGAAAAGCAUCGCUUUUUUCAAUUGCAACAGCAAUUGAAGAAAGCCAAGGAUCUUCAUGAUAAUAUGAAGUCCAAGUGGAAGAAAGAAGAGAAGUUGAAGAAUGAUGCUCUUGAAAUGGCCGAGAAUGAACGAAAGGAGCUGGAGCAGAUCGAGAUGUCGGCAAAAUCACAAGAAAAUGCAUUAAAAAUUGAAGCAGAAAAUAAUUUGGAGAGAUACAAAAAUGAUAUCCUUCAGCUAAAGAAUCAAAUUGCACAGCUAAAAUUAGUGGAAAGUUCAUCAUCCAACAUUUAUCUUUCUGAGGAGGAAUCGAAGUCUGCUUUAGAUCGUGAAUGGGAAUGUGUGAUGUGCCUAUCUGAAACUGUGUCCGUCGUCCUGCUUCCUUGUGCCCACCAAGUUUUUUGCAGACAAUGCAACGAGCUUCAUGAGAAAAAGGGCUUGAAAGAGUGCCCUUCCUGUAGGACUCCUAUCCAGCGAAGAGUCAGUGUUCGAUCAGUUACUGAUGAUCCUUACCCUGAUCCUUACCCUGAACUCCUUAUUUACUUGGCUGAAGAUUCAGACUACACUGCUCUUGGAAAUCCUACUGCUUUUUGA